UCUCUGAUGUUGUGACAUUUCACCCUUCAACGCUGUCAAAAGUGAGCGGAUGUAGGCAAACCACUUUGCAGCAUCCGCUCCAUCGGGAAAUGAAACCUGCACGAGGUGUCAUCAUUUGACUAAGAAAAAAAACGGAGGGGAAAUAAUUUUUUUCUUCUUUUUUGCUGACGACUGACUAGCUCAAGGAUGGCAGGAAGUCCUGAGCAUAAUCAAGGCAAGGAAUCUGGGCAUUCAAGCAUUCGCAUCCAAAGUUACUUACGCGGAGGAACCUCCAGCUUGCUGUCCACCCUUCCCACCCUUGUCGUCUUUCCUGUCUACAAGACCAUUUUCCGCCAACAAAUCCACAACACCCCAGUUCAGCAGGCGGUGAGGCAGCUCUGUAAAGAGGGGCCUAGGAAGCUCUACAGGGGUGUGGCUCCACCACUACUGAUGAGGACUCUGAAUGGCACAUUACUCUUUGGCCUCCAGGACACACUGCUCCAUCUGCUUUCACCAUCAUCUCAAAAUGUCAUCCCUGACGCUGCACUCCCAGCUCUGGCGGGGUUUGGUGCAGGUAUAGUGGAAGCUGUGGUCUUUACCCCCUUUGAACGAGUCCAAAAUGUCUUGCAGAAUGGCCAGAACGACCAUCUACCCUCCUUAAAGAGUGUUCUUACAAAGUUGAAGGAGCAGAGGAUGGCGUCGGGCUUCUACAGGGCCUUCCUGCCAGUCACAGCCCGCAAUGCCCUCGGCAGCGCCCUCUAUUUUGGCCUGAAGGGGCCUGUGUGUGACAUUGUUGCAGGACAGGGGCUCCCUCCACUGGCCUCCUCCUUCCUCUCAGGAACGCUGACUUCAAUGGCAAUCAGCUUGGCUCUGUACCCGCUGUCAGUGCUUGUGGCAAACAUGCAGGCACAAGUUGGAGGAGAGGUGAAAGGCAUGCUGGCAUGCUGGAGAGUGCUGUGGAGAUCUCGGCAUCAGGGUGUGGUUCUUCUGUACCGGGGAGGUUCUCUUGUUAUUUUGAGGUCAUGCAUCACGUGGGGAAUCACCACGGCUAUUUAUGACAGACAGGAAAAGGGCUAACCACGAUGAGCAGGUUAAAAACUGUUAGUCUUUGACAUUGGUGUAAGUAGUUUUUGGGGAAUAGUUUGACAAUAUAGAUUAUUUUGUUCUUUAGUAAACAUACAGUUCUACCAAUGCACAUAUUUCAAAUGAAUUUCAUGCUCGAGCUAGACCCUGAGAUAUAGUCUUUAGAGGAAAACUCUGCAUAGUUCAUUUGAUAAUAUAACAUACUCAUAAGGGAAAACUGACAGCAGCUCUGCCAAGACUUAUGCUCUGGUGAAUAUUUCCUGUGAACCAGAGUUCCUGUGUGUGCUAGAAAUUAAAUAUGGUGCUGAUGAACCACAGGUGCCUUUUAUUUAUGUGUUUGUUUUUGUUUUUUAUGUUAUGUUCUUAAAAGGAAUUAUAAUUAUUUUCUUCAUACUGGAAAGUACAACUCAGACAGUGAAAAUAGGAGCGCCAUAUCCCUGUGGUUUAUGUGUUUCUCCAUUUUAACUUUUAUUACUAGCCACUAGAAAUCACAUUAUUACAUUUUAAUAAUGCCUAACACAGGUCGCUAGAAAGGCUUGGAACCAGGACAACAUGGAAAAUGAAUGAAAUGAAGCUAAUGACGUUCAGGAAGGUUCCUAACUUAAGUGUAAUGAACACGGAGUAUCUCAGUGGGAACCAUAACAGCAAAUCAAAUUGUGUAACAAACCUUCUGUGAUUCUUUGAUGUCCUUGAGCAUUAGAAAACCUGGAGCAUCUCCUAUGAAAUGAAUGGAGAUGAUCCCAGGGGCUGCGACUGCGUACAGUGACACGGUUAUAUUCAUCUAGUCCUGUAUGAGACUUGUGCAGAAUAAACAUGAGACGCGGAGGGUGAGUGUGAGCAGGCGGCAACAACAUAUUUCAUUUUUGUACUGUAUCGAGAAAAACUCUCUAAAGCAUGAAUGAUCCUGAUGUAUGCUCUGUUUGUAUCUAAAUGGAUAUGAAAUUAGAUACAGAGUAUCAUAUUGGCUUAUCUGUGCUCUCUUAUUGCACUCAUCCUGUCUGAAUGAUUUAAACAGGUUGUACAUCUUCCUUUGUACUGUAUGUUUAACGGGUUGGCUAUAGACAACAGUAUAAAAGUGUCUUUUUCUUGCAACCUAAUGCUUUGAUCAAAACAAGCCAUCUUAAAACCUGCUGGUUGUUGUAUUAUUGGUAUUUUGUAGCAUCAGUCUCAGGUAGAGUUUUUGAUGGAGUAUUUUUUUGCCAGGAUUGUCGAUUUAUUAUAAUUAUUCAAGUUUAUGUUUUAUACUUUUUUUCUAUACACUGAACGUUUUGUUGUUGACUUUUCUGUGUGGUGAAGGUACUUCUCUUACUCUUAGCCAUUAAGUCCCAAGUGGGCUUUUUCAUCUUUAAGCAUAACAUAUUUUUUCUGUUUGUAUUUAAAAAUGUAGACACAUAUAAGAUACUUACAUGUUCAGAUUACCUUGUUUCUACAAGCUGAAAUGUUUCUUUGAAAGUGAGAUGAAGCAACCCUACAUCCUGUACAUAUAGGCUAUAAUGAUUAAAGGGUUAUGAAGGACUAUUAAUAUUUAAUGCUUCAUUGGUCAGCACUGUUGCCUCAAUGUUGCAAAGCUCUUUUGCUUGUCUGAUGCCUUUCGGUGUGGGGUCUUCAUGUUCAGACCCGGCCUGUUCAAAUGUGCAACUAUAUCCAGGUUUGUUGAACUAGAUUGCUGCAUCUCUGUUAUCAAAUCUGGGGUGCACCCUGUCUCUUGGCAUGGAGUCAGUGAGCAUGCAUAUAUAUAUAUAUAUAUAUAUAUAUAUAUAUAUAUAUAUAUAUAUAUACACACACUGUAAAGAAGAUAAACAGUGUAUAAAGUGUGUAUGUGUAAAGUUAUUGAAGAAUGUAUACUACCCCCCCUCAACUUGCUCUAAUAAACAGUAUUCACUUGU